AUGUCCAAGGCCGCCGUGGACGGCACGCUGACAGAACAGACAACACCACUACCAGACGUCUCCGCAGCUUCUCACGCGACCGGCUCCGCGCUCGACCUGCGCCCCGCCGCGGCGCUGCUCGCACCCGCCGCGGUCCUGCUGCACGGCGACAGCAACAUGCGGCGGCGCGGCUCGGACAUCAACCGUGUCCGGCCCGCGGGGCUCGCGCCGGACGCCGCCAGCGCCGGCGAGGCGAUCGAGCUCGCGAGCCUCGCGUCGAAGCGCGGAGGCGACGUCGAGUGCGCGCCCGCCGGUGCGGACGACGCGGUCGGGUCGGCCGGCGCGCACGGCACAGACGGCGCGAGUAGCGCGGUGCCGUUCGUUGCGCCCGCGGAGCGCAGGAGGCAGCGGCGGAAGGCGAUGGUGUGCUUCGCGGCGCUGUGCUGGAACUUCUUUGGCGUGGGCUGGAACGACGGCUCGACGGGGCCGCUGCUGCCCACGAUACAGCGCUACUACGACAUCGGUUUCGCGGUCGUCUCGCUGCUGUUCGUGUUCAAUGUGGUGGGCUUUGUCGCAGGCGCACUUGCAAACAUCUAUCUCUCGGACCGAUAUGGCUUCGGCAAGACCAUCGUUAUCGGUGCACUGUUCCAGCUGCUGGCCUACAGCCUGGACGUCAUCGCAGGCCCGUUCCCCCUCAUGUGCACGGCGUUCUGUUUUGCGGGAUUCGGCCUCGCGCUGCAGACCUGCCAGGGCAACGGCUUUGUAGGCAGUCUCCGGGACUCGGCCACGAAGCUCGGCCUCCUGCAUGCGUCGUACGGCCUCGGGGCGUUCUCUGCGCCGCUGGCCGCGACGCACUUUGCGGCGCAGCAACGGUGGUCGCUGCACUACCUCAUCUCCGUGAGCAUCACGCUGCUCAACAUCACCUUCCUCAUCGUCGCCUUCCGCUUCAGGCGGCAGGACGACGUCAUGGCAGACAUCGGCGAGGCACCCACCGACCCGGAUAACACAGGCAGCAGCAAGCUCCGGCAGAUCAUGCGCAUGGGCACGGUGCACUUCCUCGCGAUAUGGGCGCUCAUCUACGUCGGCGUCGAGGUCACGCUUGGCAGCUGGAGCGUCACCUUCAUCGAGCAGAAGCGCCACGGCGGCGUCACCGCCGGCUACAUCUCGUCUGGGUUUUUUGGCGGUUUGAUGCUUGGACGGGUGCUCCUCCUUUGGUUGAACCGCAAGAUUGGCGAACGCCGCGUCAUGUUCAUUUACGCCUUCCUCGCCAUCCAACUGGAGGUGACGGUCUGGGUCGUGCCCUCGCUCGUCGAGAACGCGAUCGCGGUGAGCGUCAUCGGGCUGUUGUUGGGCCCCAUGUACCCGAUCCUCGUGAACCACUCGAAGCACGUCCUACCGACGUGGCUCUUCACCGGCUGCGUCGGCUGGAUCGCGGGCGUCGGCCAGACAGGCUCCGCCAUCCUCCCUCUCGUCACCGGCCUCCUCGCGUCCAAGUUCGGCAUCGCAUCGUUGCAGCCGUUCAUUGUGUCGAUGAUGUCGACCAUGAUCGUCAUCUGGGCGUUUAUACCCAGGAUGCGUAGGGUCGACUGA